UGAGGCCCGGUCACGUGUGUCACUUCUGACCAGGAGCACAGGACUGGCAAGGGGCAACACCAGCGGGGCAGCAGAAGCACCACAACCAAGCCAAAAAAAAAAAAAGCAAUCUUGUAGCUCGGAGGGUCUUUUAUUUUGCGUAUUGGAGGCUGUUGAUUAAACUAGGUAGGAGAGUAACGUUCUUGUGUGUUCAGAACCUUAUAUCAGGGUAGCAGAGGGAGAGAGAGAAGAGAGAGGCAUAAUGACACAAGUCGAAAGCCAAGUGCAGUACAGCACCAGCUAUGUGGUGUCGACGGAGGAUUAUAUGGUCCAGGAGGAUGAUUGGGACCGGGACCAUUUGCUUGACCCGGCCUGGGAGAAGCAACAGAGGAAGACGUUCACAGCCUGGUGUAACUCUCACCUGCGCAAGGCGGGCACGCAGAUCGAGAACAUUGACGAGGACUUCAGGAAUGGACUCAAACUCAUGCUGCUGCUGGAGGUCAUCUCUGGUGAGAGGCUGCCCAAGCCUGACAAGGGCAAGAUGCGAUUCCACAAGAUCGCCAACGUCAACAAGGCCCUGGACUAUAUCUGCAGCAAGGGGGUGAAGCUGGUGUCCAUCGGAGCAGAGGAGAUCGUUGAUGGAAACUGCAAGAUGACCUUGGGAAUGAUCUGGACUAUCAUCCUGCGCUUCGCCAUCCAGGACAUCUCCGUGGAGGAAACCUCGGCGAAGGAGGGCUUGCUGCUGUGGUGCCAGAGAAAGACUGCCCCCUACAGGAAUGUCAACGUGCAGAACUUCCACAUCAGCUGGAAGGACGGUCUGGCACUGUGUGCUCUCAUUCACAGACACAGACCUGACCUCAUCGACUACUCCAAACUGAGAAAGGAUGACCCUGUUGGUAACCUGAACACUGCCUUCGAAGUGGCUGAGAAGUACCUGGAUAUCCCCAAGAUGUUGGACGCUGAGGAUAUUGUGAACACCCCCAAGCCUGAUGAGAAAGCCAUCAUGACCUACGUGUCCUGCUUCUACCAUGCCUUCGCUGGGGCAGAACAGGCUGAGACUGCAGCUAACAGAAUCUGUAAGGUGCUGGCUGUCAAUCAGGAGAACGAGAAGCUGAUGGAGGAGUACGAGAAACUGGCCAGCGAGCUCCUGGAGUGGAUCCGGCGCACGAUCCCGUGGCUGGAGAAUCGCGUGGCGGAGCAGACGAUGCGCGCCAUGCAGCAGAAGCUGGAGGAUUUCCGGGAUUACCGGCGCGUGCACAAGCCCCCCCGUGUGCAGGAGAAGUGCCAGCUGGAGAUCAACUUCAACACCCUGCAGACCAAGCUGAGACUGAGCAACCGGCCCGCCUUCAUGCCCUCCGAGGGCAAGAUGGUCUCGGACAUUGCAAAUGCGUGGAAAGGUCUGGAGCAGGUGGAGAAGGGGUAUGAGGAGUGGCUCCUCACUGAGAUUCGUAGGCUGGAGCGCUUGGAUCACCUGGCUGAGAAAUUCAAGCAGAAGUGCUCCCUGCACGAGUCCUGGACUGACGGCAAGGAGGGCCUGCUGUCUCAGAAGGACUAUGAGUCUUGCUCCCUGAUGGAGAUCCGCGCGCUGAUGAGGAAACACGAGGCCUUUGAGAGCGACCUGGCAGCACACCAGGACAGAGUGGAGCAGAUCGCAGCCAUUGCACAGGAACUCAAUGAGCUGGAUUAUCACGAUGCAUCCACUGUGAACGCCCGCUGCCAGGGCAUCUGUGACCAGUGGGACACCCUGGGCACCCUGACCCAGAAGAGGAGAGACUCCCUGGAGCGAGUUGAGAAGCUGUGGGAGACCAUCGACCAGCUGUACCUGGAGUUUGCCAAGAGGGCGGCGCCCUUCAACAACUGGAUGGACGGAGCGAUGGAGGACCUGCAGGACAUGUUCAUCGUGCACAGCAUCGAGGAGAUCCAGAGUCUCAUCACAGCACACGAGCAGUUCAAAGCCACCCUGCCCGAGGCUGAUAAGGAGCGCAUGGCCACCAUGGGGAUCCAGAACGAGAUUGUGAAGAUCGCACAGACCUACGGCAUCAAGCUGUCCGGCAUCAACCCCUACACCAACCUGUCCCCCCAAGACAUCGUCAACAAGUGGGAGGCUGUCAAGCACCUUGUCCCCCACAGAGACCAAAUGCUGCAGGAGGAGGUGGCUCGCCAGCAGGCCAACGAGAGGCUGAGGCGCCAGUUCGCUGCCCAGGCCAACAUCAUCGGACCCUGGAUCCAGACCAAGAUGGAGGAGAUUGGACACAUCUCGGUGGAGAUCUCAAGCUCUCUGGAGGACCAGAUGAACCAGCUGAAGCAGUACGAGCAGAGCAUCAUCAACUACAAAUCCAACAUCGACAAGCUGGAGGGAGACCACCAGCUCAUCCAGGAGGCCCUCAUCUUCGACAACAAGCACACCAACUACACCAUGGAGCACAUCCGUGUGGGCUGGGAGCAGCUCCUCACUACCAUCGCCAGAACCAUCAACGAGGUGGAGAACCAGAUCCUGACCCGCGACGCCAAGGGAAUCAGCCAGGAGCAGCUGAAUGAGUUCCGAGCCUCCUUCAACCACUUCGACCGGAAGAGGAAUGGAAUGAUGGACCCAGACGAUUUCCGUGCCUGUCUCAUCUCCAUGGGCUACGAUCUGGGUGAAGUGGAGUUUGCCCGCAUCAUGACUCUGGUUGACCCCAACAACACAGGGGUCGUGACCUUCCAGGCCUUCAUCGACUUCAUGACCAGAGAGACGGGCGAGACGGACACCGCCGAGCAGGUCAUGGCUUCCUUCAAGAUCCUGGCUUCAGACAAGACGUACAUCACGGUGGACGAGCUGAGGCGUGAGCUCCCCCCAGAGCAGGCAGAGUACUGCAUCAGCAGGAUGACCAAGUACAUUGGAGCCGACGCUGUCAACGGGGCGUUGGACUACAUGUCCUUCUCCAGUGCACUCUAUGGAGAGAGCGACUUGUAAACCCUCUCCCUUCCCGUCCCCUUCUCCCUUUCCACCCUUAAACAAAGAAUCGCUGCUCAGACACCUGCCCUCCCCAUUAGCGAACAAGAAACUAAAAGAAUAUAUAAAGUGUAGCGAUCCUAUAGCUGCCAACAAUUCUGUUGGCAAAGACAUAUCCCACUGCUACCACCAAUGUGUGUAAUUACUGGGAUCCCUGCUAGAAUGAAGUUGUAACAUCAUCACAGAAUGUCAUCGACGAGGAAAAAUCUACUUUUAUUCAAGGGGCUGUGUGAUCAAAUAGUAAAAAGCUGAUUAAAUUUACUCCAGAUUAACUUUGAUGUGGUUACAACAUUCAAGUAGGGACCUGCUUAUAUGGUAUAUACAGUUGGCUGUGUUUUAAGAAAAGUUGUAAUUCUAGCUGCUUAAAUUCUGUGAACCGUGAUCAGGGCAGGCUGAGUUUAAGAGUGAUUUAAAAAAAAAAAAGUAAAAUAAUGGAAACUGAGAAAUAAAAUACCUUGCCUAACACUGGAUUAUUAUUAUCUUUGCAGAUGCAUGCAGUGUUUUAGAAAUGCUAGCUAUGUAACUUCUCCUUAACCUCGUUGCAAUAAACAUAGAAAUAUAUAUCUCGACUUGCGGUCAGGUCCUUUUUAGUGAAGAUGAGAUUCUGUAAACCUAGUUGCAGGAACUUUGCACUUUACAAUGUCAAGCUAAAUAAACAAAUGGAGCUCAGCUUUCAA